AUGAAAUCAGUAAUAAGCAAAAAUAAAAAAAAGGAUGAUGAACAAUUAAUGAAAGCUAAAGAAUUAAAAGAAAAAAUAGAAUCUAUGAAAAAUGAUUUGGUGUCAAAAACAAUAAUUAUGAAAAGUUUAAAAGAACAGAGAGAAAAUAAAUUAGAAAAUAUUAAGAAAUUAGAAAUAGAAAAUAAAACUAGUUAUGAAAACUUUAAAAAUGAAUAUGAACAAAUUUUGAAUCAAUACAAGAACAUUGAAAAGGAAAUAUAUGAAAUGUUAAAUGAUUUAAAAAUGUUGUCAGAAAGAUCAUAUAUAAUAGAAGAAAAGAAAAAAGAUCUUCAUCAUCAGAUAGAAGAAGUAGAAUGUGAAAUUAUAAAACAUUCACAUAUGAUAAAUGACAUAUUAAUUAAAAUAAAAGAGAUAUUUAAAAAAACUCAUAUUCAAUAUCAAUAUGAAGAAGAUUUAAAGCCAUUAUUAAUAAGAUUGCAAGAUAUUAAUAAAAAAGAUGAUAAAAUAAAGUAA